AUGCCACGGCAAGGAUUACGUUCAUUCCUGCGUGAGACAUCAGCAAUAUCGGAAAGGUUGGCACAAAUAAAGAAAUUAUCUAAUACUAUAAUAGAUAGCGAUGGUGACUAUACGAUCGAAAAGAAAAUGUUAAUUGAGCGUGCCCGUCAACUGGUAUCAGCGCUUACCCCUGAUAUAGUUGGCGCAGUACUGCCGGAUCGUUUAGGUCUUGAAGCGAUGACAGCCCCAAUGUAUUACGCCGAUGUUUAUGAAUCUGAGCAUAUUCACGUUUGCUUGUUUGGUUUCAAAAAUUGUAACUUUGUAUUCCCAUUACAUGAUCAUCCUGAAAUGUAUGGAUUUUUGAAAGUCUUACGUGGUGCAAUUGCUCUGAAUUCAUAUACAGAACUCAGUCAUGAUGAACAUAGCAAAAUGAGAAGUACUGUCAAGUUGAAUGCUCGGUCGUCCAAUAGGAUUGUUUACAGAUUUGAUGGUGUUACCAAUUGUUGGUGUAGUGAUGAAUGUGUAUAUUUGGGACCAGAGUUUGGCAACAUACACUCUCUGACACCUCUUGAAGAUGGUGCCGCAUUUUUCGAUCUACUUAUUCCUGGAUAUGGUAACAAUCGGUGUACCUAUUUUAAAAAUAUGACACCGAAUCCAAGAUUGAAGCAGACAUGUAUGUUACAAAAAAUUGCUGAACCUGAGGAUUAUUAUUGUCAAGUUUUGCCCUAUAAUAAAAUCAAAGCAUUGUAA